AUGUUUUCAAGGUUAAUAAUCAAUAGAAAUCUUCAGCAAACAUCUUUGCGUCUAUUAUCAUCUUUAUCGAAGAAUUACAUAUGUGAUUCGUCUGUUAUCGAAGCUUAUCAUACAAAUCCACAAUUAAAAUCAAUUAUUGAUCGACAAGAACAUCAAUUCUAUUAUCAUGUUGACAGUAAAAUAAAACAGCAACUACCAGCUGUUUUCAAACAAAUUCCAAGUAGUUCUCAUUCUCUAACAAAUUCAUAUUAUCUCACUAACUCGACAUAUGAAAAUAAAGCUGAUAAUACAACAACUAAGAAAAUAUCGAUUGAUGAAUUUAUCAACUUAACAUGGUGGAAUGAUCGUAGCAAGGGUAAAUUUCCAGGUGUAAUUGGUAUGGAAAUUGUAUCCAUGUCUCAUGGUUAUGUUUCUUGUCAGCUUAAAAUUCGUGAAGAACUUUUAGCACCGAAUGGCUAUCUACACGCUGGUGUUAUUGUUACUUUAGCCGAUACAGCGUGUGGUUAUGGCUGUUUGAAUUCGAAGCCAUCUGAAGCUAAAUCAUUUACAACAAUUGAAUUAAAAUCAAAUUUUAUGGGAACAGUAAAAGCUCAAGCUGUAGUGACAUGUGAAGCUCGUUUAAUUCAUGAGGGAAAAACAACACAAAUUUGGGAUGCUGAAGUGAUAGACCUCGAAAAGAACAAAUUAAUUGCAAUUUUUAGAUGCACAGAAUUGAUUUUAUAUUAA